CGGUGAUUCGGAGCAGAUAGAGUCUGUCUCUUGUGGUAACAUUGGCAACAGUUUGCAAGUGAAAGUCAAUGUUACCACAAGAGACAGACUCUAUCUGCUCCGAAUCACCGCCAGCCGUGAGGUGAGGAGCUUUCUAGACCGGCAGCCAGAAACGGUCGAAGGGGAUUACCAGCAAAUGCAGCAGGCUCUGAUUAAGGAGUUCUCUGACCCAGAGUCAGAGCAAGGACUGAUUACUGCCAUGGACCUUAAACAGGGCAGACAGGAAACCACACAGGCUUACUACAACAGGCUCAGACAGGCCUACUUCGGAGCAUGGAACGAGCCAGGAAUGGAACAGGAUUUCAACUUCAAAAUUCUGUUCCUCCGGAACCUGCACCCAACAGUGAGCCACCACUUGGGGGUUCUGGCUUGCCCACGGACUAUGUCCACCCAACAGCUGCGAGAUUUGGCCCACAAGGCCUAUGUUAAACAAAAGACUGUUUCUGAAAAGACAGGAAAAACCCCCACAAUCUAUCCUGUCACUAAUCAGAGCUCUGAACUUGCUCUAGAGGGCGCCGAGCCAAGCCACACUGACAAACCCGUCAACACAAUGUCAAGGCCCUGCCCAACCAGCAGAGAGCAGCAUGGCCAUGGGGGUGCCCGUCCUAAGCACCAGUAUGAGCGCCCUGAGAGAUCCUGGGAUAGGUCACAACCACCCCUCAACCGAAGGGGUGGAGCCACAUGGGAAGCCAAGAGACGGCCCAAGGGGAACCGACACUCACAGACACAAGCACCGAGCUCGGACUGCCAGCAGCAGAACCCCUCUCAACAGGCCCUGGACAAGCCCAAAUAUAAACCAUCCACAGAACAGAACCAGAAAGCUACAUCUGAAUCAGCAGAGAUCAUGAGACUUUUAAAGGAACUCUUCCAAGAAAAGCACCAUAAGGGAGGGAAAAGGGAUGAGUCAGAUCAGUUAUGACUAAGCACUAGCUCUGACCCCAAUGCCCACUCAGAGUCCCCUCAAAAUGAACUUACCAACCAGAUCACUGCUAAUCCACUGUUAACCACAGAACCAGAUAUCCCAUCACCAAGUGGUGACAUCACUCAACCACCUCAGCUGACUGUGGAACCACCAGAACCAGCCAACAUCCCGCAACACACCUCCAGCCAGG